AUGGAGCGGGGCGCGGCGGUGGCCGUGAGGCGGCUCCGCGCUGCUGGCGGAGAGCGGGAGUCCCGGGCUCCGCAGCCCCCGCCGUUGCCGGGGCGCGGGGAGGCGGACCCAGGUGGGAAGAAGCGGGACUGCCCCGCCGGCGGCUCCCGGUGGCGGCUGCUGCCUGAGGCCCGGGGGGCGCUGCUGGUGCUGCUCUACCUGCUGGCGCUGCGGGCCCUGGUGCAGCUCUCCCUGCGGCAGCUGCUGCGCCGGCCGGGGCCGCGGGACUUCAGCGCCCCCCGGGCCAGGGAAUAUCUUGAAAAUAUAACGGCAGUUGGUCCCAGGACAGUUGGAAGUCCAGAAAAUGAAAUUCUCACAGUUAACUACCUCUUAGAACAAAUUAAGGCAAUUGAAAGCGAAAGCAGUGAUGCACACAAGAUUUCUGUAGAUAUACAGAGGCCAACAGGCUCCUUCAGCAUUGACUUCUUAGGUGGCUUUACCAGUUACUAUGCAAACAUAACUAAUGUUGUGGUUAAGUUGGAGCCCAGAAGUGGAGCUAAGCAUGCCGUGCUAUCCAAUUGUCACUUUGACUCUGUACCAAAUACCCCAGGUGCCAGUGAUGAUGCUGUUAGUUGCUCAGUGAUGCUUGAAAUACUGAACACUCUCUCAAAGUCAUCUGAUCCCUUGCAACAUGCUGUCAUAUUCCUUUUCAAUGGCGCAGAAGAAAAUAUCUUGCAGGCUAGUCAUGGCUUCAUUACACAACACCGCUGGGCCAAGUCGAUUAGAGCAUUUAUUAACCUGGAGGCAGCAGGUGUAGGAGGGAAAGAGCUUGUGUUUCAAACAGGGCCUGAAAAUCCUUGGUUGGUACAAGCCUAUGUCUUUGCAGCCAAGCAUCCCUUUGCCUCUGUGGUGGCACAGGAAGUGUUUCAGAGUGGAAUUAUCCCUGCAGAUACAGACUUCCGUAUCUACAGGGACUUCGGGAAUAUUCCAGGAAUAGACUUGGCUUUUAUUGAAAAUGGCUACAUUUACCAUACAAAAUAUGACACACCAGACAGAAUUCUAACGGAUUCAAUUCAGAGAGCAGGUGACAAUAUUUUAGGAAUGCUAAAAUACUUAGCAACAUCAGAUAAAUUGGCCAAAUCUUUUGACUAUCGGCAUGGAAAUGUGGUCUUCUUUGAUGUGUUUGGUCUGUUUGUCCUGGCCUACCCUGCUCGUGUUGGCACCAUCAUGAACUAUAUAAUAACUGCAGUCACUGUCCUUUAUCUAGGAAAAAAAAUAUUACAGCCCAGAAACAGGGCUAUUAACUACAUGAAGGAGCUCUCUGUUGCAUUUGGCUUCACACUGUUAAGUUGGUUCUCCACAUUAGUGACUGUCCUUAUUGUGGCAGUGUUCAUCUCUCUCAUCGGACGGUCUCUUUCUUGGUAUAACCACUUCUAUGUCUCCAUCUUCUUGUAUGGAACUGCAGCUGCGGCUAAACUAAUCCUCGUGCACACGUUAGCCAAAAAGUUCUAUUAUAAGAAUAGAAAUGAGCAGUACCUGGGGGAGAUGAUGUUUGAUGUCUCACUUCUUGUUUGGUCUAUUGCAUUGGUUCUAAUCACUCAACUAGGCCUUUGCUCAGCAUUCAUCUGUGCAAUGUGGGUAGCAUUUCCUUUACUCACAAAGCUAUUGACCUAUAGAGAAUUCAAACAAAAAGGUGCCACAAUAAGAUUUGUCAUAAUUUACAUGCUGGGAAUGUUUAUUCCAUACCUCUAUAUAAUGUACCUCACCUGGACGAUAUUUGAAAUGUUCAUUCCCAUCAUGGGUCGAAGUGGUACAGAAAUUCCACCUGAUGUAGUGCUGGCAGCCUUUAUCCUUAGCAGCACUGUAAUUCUAUCUUCCUAUUUUCUUAACUUCAUCUAUCUUGCCAAAAGUACAAAGAAGACACUGAUAACUUUAACUACAGUGUUUGGAGUUACACUAAUUCUUGUUUGCAGUGGAGUAUUCUUCCCAUACAGUUCUGAUUCUGCUAAUCCAAAGCCUAAGCGAGUCUUUCUCCAGCACGUGAGCAGAAGAUUUUAUGGCCUACAUGGAAACUUGGUAAAAAGUGACUCUGGAAUAUGGAUUAAUGGGUUGGACUAUGCUGGAAUAUCUCACAUCACUCCUCAUAUACCUGAACUCAAUGACACUAUCAGAACUAAUUGUGAGGACAAGGCCCCUCUCUGUGGCUUUCCUUGGAUUCUUCCUGUGCACUUUCUUCUCAGAAAGAACUGGUAUCUUCCUGCUGCAGAAAUUUCUCCCACAAACCCUGUUCACUUUAAACUUCUGGCCAAAGAGCAAAUGCCCUGGGAUUCUACAAAGUUAACCUUUGAAGUAUCAGGUCCCAGUCACAUGUCACUGUACAUUCGACCUCAUGAAGGGUCAACACUGUCCAGCUGGUCUCUUGGAGAUGGAACUCCUGUUGCUAAUAUAGGAGGGGAUUAUUUUGUGUUUUACGCUCAUGGACUGCAGGCUGUGGCAUGGCGCUUCUGGAUCGAGUUGAAGGCUGCAGAAAAGUACUCUGAUGGAAUGGUUUCCCUCGCCAUAGCAGCACAUUAUUUCUUUGGGGAAGAUCAAAAGUCACCUCAGCUGUAUGCCUUAAUGGAGAGAUUUCCAAACUGGACAUUUCCUUCUGGUUGGGUCUGCACCUAUGACCUCUUUGUCUUUUAG